AUGAGAAGAGUGCAGCGACCAGUAAGCUACAACUUGACUGAUCUCCAACGCGCCAACGAGGGUCUACCGCCUGUGCCCAGGGUCACUACUAAUAAAGCUGGUGGCAAGAAGUCUGGCAACAACCAAACGCCUGCUACCAAGGUCAAGAAGCCCAACACCAAGACCAAUACCAAGAAACCUGAAAAGGACAAGACCAAAAAGACGCAGACGGGUAGGGUGGAGAAGGUGAAGGCAAACACGAAGAAGAAGGUUGCUGCGGGUGGUAAGAAGGGGAAAAAGGCAAGCCCUACUCCUUCAACGUCUGAGGAGAGUGAUUACGAUGAGUAG